CUCACGAGUUUGGAUAGCCCUCGGUUUCCUCAUUAUAUUUCUAUCUUUUUGGGUCUGAGCCAAUUCAUUUUCUCAAUCUUCUUUUCUUUCUAAUUUCUUACUCUGAAUAGUUUACGAAUCUUCAAUUCCUUUAUUCAAAAUUUUUUUGGUUUUGCAACUCUAGUGCUUCGUUUUAACCAAUUUUUUCAUGCUUUUUUCUCCAUUUUUAAGGGAAUGUAUGGUUAAUCAUCAGAUCUAAUUCUAAUGUGCUUUUCUUCCCUAACUAAUCAAAUUUUUUACCAAAUAUCUAACCUUUUUAUAGAGUUUUCCUUGCUGGGUUGUUUUAAUUAACUCAGAUUGUGAAUAACUUUUUUGGGUAAUAAAACAAUAUCGUUGGAUCCCUUUUGUUCAAAAAAAAUAAAACAGGAGAUAAUUUCCCACUGAUUUGAGCAAUUUAGAAAAAAAAAUCUGGGUUUUUCUCAAAAAAUGGUUACUGUUAAUCUGGGAAUGCUUCAUUACAUUCUAGACCAUGUAUAUGGUGCAUUUAUGCAUAGAACAAAAAUGAGCCCACCGUUUUUCUCAAGAGGGUGGGGUGGAACGAAGCUUGAGCUUUUGGAGAGAUUGAUAAGCCAGCUGUUCCCUGAAGUUGAAGGCCAAAACUGGCCUCCAAACUUGAUCCAACCCAUUUGGAGAACAGUUUGGGAGACCAACAGUGCUUGCUUGAGAGAAGGUGUGUUUAGGACCCCUUGUGAUGAGCAGUUGCUUGGUGCAUUGCCCCCUGAAAGUCACAAUGCAAGGGUUGCUUUCCUUGUCCCAAAAUUAGUGCCACCCCCAAAGAUGGCAUGUGUGGUUCACCUUGCAGGCACAGGAGACCAUACAUUUGAACGGAGAUUGCGUCUCGGUGGACCAUUAUUGAAGGAAAACAUUGCAACUAUGGUGCUUGAGAGUCCUUUCUAUGGUCAAAGACGCCCUAUGCUGCAGCGUGGCGCAAAACUCUUGUGUGUUAGUGACUUGCUAUUAUUAGGGAGAGCAACCAUUGAAGAGGCACGCAGCCUUUUACACUGGUUAGACACUGAGGCAAGGUUUGGCAAGAUGGGUGUGUGUGGACUUAGCAUGGGGGGAGUGCAUGCUGCAAUGGUUGGAUCACUUCACCCCACACCUGUUGCAACCCUUCCUUUUCUCUCCCCACAUUCUGCUGUUGUGGCAUUCUGUGAGGGUAUAUUGAAGCAUGGCACUGCAUGGGAGGCACUGAGAGAGGAUCUUGCAGCAAAAGAGGCUGUAAUGACUCUCGAGGAGGUCAGAGAACGAAUGCGAAAUGUACUGUCUCUCACAGAUGUCACACGCUUUCCAAUUCCCAAAAACCCUAAUGCCGUAAUAUUUGUUGCUGCAACUGACGAUGGUUACAUACCAAAGCACUCUGUGCUGGAGCUUCAAAAGGCUUGGCCUGGUUCAGAAGUGAGAUGGGUUACUGGUGGGCAUGUCUCAUCCUUUCUUCUCCGCAAUGGUGAGUUUCGUAAGGCAAUUGUUGAUGGGCUUGACAGAUUAGAGUGGAAGGAAUCUUUGUUGUGACAUUGAUUAUUCAUUCCCUGUAUACAAGUGAUUGCAUUUGUUUACUUGGCCCAUCGUUUUCAUCACUCUUCACUUGUAAAAUGGAUUAUAGGAACUAAUAUUUGACAGCACCCCUUUAAGGAAGAGAAAAUCGCGGGUGCUUUGUGAAUAAUUUAUUCCCCCCUAUGUGUUUGUAAAGUUAACUUCACUAAUUUUAUUGGAAAUUCAGUGUCUUUUAACUUCUUUGGAAUAAAUAAAGAAGGGUCAUAUUGCUGAUAAAA